GUGAUGUGUUCGUCACAGCAGUUUACGGAAGUGUAACCACCCACUACAAAGAUGGAGGACGAGUUCUCAGAUUUGAGCAGACCACAAAUGUACUUGUUUGGUUGUACCCUGAAAUCGGACAAACGGGAGUUCAAAGUUGACGUAGACGACGAUGAUACGGAGCAACAACUGUCACUCAAAUCAGUGUGUCUGGGAGCUGAGGCUGAGGAUAAGUUCCACAUGGUGGAAAUUGAGGGUCUGACUUAUGAUGGAAAAAGGACCAAAGUGCCACUGGUUGUCCUGAAACCGUCCGUUCUGCCCUCUAUGAGUUUAGGUGGAUUUGAGAUCACACCUCCUGUUACCUUCCGUCUCCAGUCUGGAUGUGGGCCAGUUCACAUCAGCGGGCAGCAUUUUGUUAGUGUGAAGGAUUCAGAGGAUGAAGAAGAGGAGAACAACACGUCACCAGUGAAGCGACCUGCAAGCCUGAUGUCAGGGAAAAAGCCUGCCUUGAAAAAACUAAAGAUGGAUUCUGAUGACGAUGAAGAAGACAGCGAUGAGGAUGAUGAUGAUGAUGAUGAUGAUGAUGACAGUGAUGACAAUGAUGUGAAACCUCAGAAGAAUGUUGGAAAAGAGCCCAAAAAAAGCCUUGAGUCUUCUGUGAAGAAGCCCAACAAGACUCCAGUGAAACAAAACGGCCCUGCAGGAAAACCGUCAGGAUCAGCAGUCAAACAACAGAUUAAGACACCUGCCCAAGGAAAAGACAAACCCCAGGCUGGUCCGUCUAAAUCUCCCUCUCUGGCUGAGAUUAAGAACAAGUUGUCAACGGCAGCUAAGGAGGGAAAACCACUCCCGAAGACAGAGCAGAAGUUUGAGAAUUUUGUGAGGAGUUCUUUUAAAAUCUCAGACAAAAAAGUGGUCAAGGACCUUUGGAGUUUUGUACAAACGCUGAAGAUUGAGAAGAAGUAACAAACCUCGUACUUUGAAGCGUUUGUAAGUUUUGCAUCCUGCAAGACAUUUAAAGGCACAGUCAGCGAGAUUUCCUACUUGGCCUUAAUAUGUCACCACCUCUCUGAGUGAACAGAAGAACUGAGUGCUGGAAAUGGGUCAGGCCAUUUAUGAUUCUGGUGACAUCUUCUUUUGUUUUGUUUUGUUUUUUUAAGGUGUGAAGCAUUUCUUGGAGCCAGUUUGUAGCCAGUUUCAUGUUUAGCAGACCGCAGCUUUUCCAUCAGGGGAAGCGAUCUGCUUCAUCACAUGUCAAAUAUGCACCACCUAUAGGAGAGGGAAGUAAUAGCACCACCAAUUCGGAUCUGAAGGCGUCUGUAUGACUUUCCUACGGGAAACGAAUAGCUACAAUUGCAAUUUUAAUACUCAAGCCACCUGCAGACAAUAAAUAUUGCGCCUGCAGGUUUUUAUGGCUGUGAUUAGAUAACAUAUAUGUAAAUUAUCAAGUAAAAACAAAGUUAAUAAAUCCAAUAUUCAGAGCCAAAGACAGAACCUAGUUCAGUUAGCCUUUGCUAGGCUUUGCUAGCUUAGCCUUUUUUUAUAUGGCCUGUCAGUCUUUACCCUUUCAUAACUUUACCUUUCUUACCCUUUCUUUACAAAAAAAUGCUAUCCUAUCUUUGAGGUUUGCAGCUGUAUUUUUUUUGGGUUUUUUUUGAUACUACCACAAAUAGUUGCUAUAGAAGUACAUUUUCAAAAUGUACACAAAAGGACUCCUAGAUGUAAAACAUAAAUAUUCAAGCAGCUGCAGGUGGUGUGAAUGUCAGCUUCGAGGAGCUAUUCCUUUCCUUGCCUGUCGAUGGUGUGAUUGGCGUGCCUGCAUCUAAAUUUCAUCUUGUGUACUUGCUGCAUGCACCUUUUGAACUGUAGGUUUGAAACCCUGCAGUUUGAUGAUAUUGACUGAGUUUCAAGUGCUUCAAGUGCUCAAUUCUGACGCUGUGUGUUCUUGUCAAGUCAACAGUGCAAUAGGAGAUAUUGCAGAAUGUGCCUUUAAAUAUCUGUAACUGUAAACUGAGAUAAAUCGGAGUCCCAAUUUGUGUGAACUAACUUGAGCAGUAUAUACGAGGAUGGUUAAGACACCUGACACAGGGGGGCAGUGAUAAGAUUUUUUUCCCCCCAAGGGGUUGUUUUGUUGUUUUAGGUUUUGUCCUGCUUUGCAAAGCAUUAAUAGCUUACAAAACAUGCUUAUGGAUUGUACUAUGAACUUUGCUGUACAAAAAUUAAUCAUCAUAUGUCUUUUUUAGUCAGUUUGGUCAUAGCAAAUCCACAGUAACUUUAAUUUUUAACAACUUGGUCAACAGCAAGAAGGGUUACUUUUUAUUUCCUCCAGUGAUAAAGCAAAUAAGGAAAAAGAUCAGACUAUUUAAGAUGAGGGCUGCAAGUACGAAUCAUAUAUCUACAUGGAUGUGUGCAGUUUUAAUCUUGCUAAUGUGACAUAUCUUUAGUUAAUCUGUUGAGUUAACAAGAAAUGUUUCAUCCUGUGUUUUUACCAGAACCACACCUGACAUUUCUGGCUGGGAACAGUGUCAUUCUCAAUAUUUUAUAAAUACAGAUGUAGAUAUGUUUAUAUUAGGCUCAUCUGAAGCUACAGAACCUGCAACUUUUACAAACCAACUGACAGAUCCCAUUUCAGAUGAGUGUGAAUUCAUAUCAAGUGCUUAUCUGAGAGGGUAUUCAUUGCAGUGACUUCAGCCAAAAAUCAUCUGUACCAAAGUGUUCAGACGAGCAGCACACAAAACAUGCUUAAGAGUAUUAUGAGCUCUAUAAAAUUAACAACAGAUGCCGCAACUAAAAUGUUUUUAUUUACAUACAAAAAGUUAAAAACAAGGCUAAUAAAUUAAGCAGUUCCAGGAGUAUAUUUGCAAUAUGGCGCUAACACUGUUUUUAGUGUUAUUUCAUUGUACUCUAAUGUUCUGAAAACAGAUUACAAGCCUGUGAGUGCAGAUUAUUUUAUUUAUUACAACAUAAUCAUAAGGUAUAUGUCAGAAUUACAUCAGAGUAACACAUGACGUCAUUUACAGAAACCCCAUAAAGGACUCAACCCCGUAAUUGUUUGCACUCUAUCAGUGCUCUGGUGACAAUAAUCAUACACUUGCUCUGUGCUCAUAAUGUGUUUAUGAUCCUGUAUAAUGUCUUUUAUGAGACAAAUGUUGGCAGUUGGACACGAUCUUCAACCAAUCAAAUCGCAUGGUCCAACCUCCUUGGUGUUUUUAAUGGAUAUUUGAAAUUCCUUAGCUGUAAACUGUACUACUUCAACUAAUUUAGGUCAUUAAAGUCACCUUGUUAAUUGACCUCAAAGUAACAUUCGAAACAUCUGUAAUGUCCUCUUUGUAGCGAGGUUCAGUUUUGGCCUGCGUAUGAGUUCUCCUUUAAUGAUUUUGUCUUUUUUGUCGGGCUGUUUUUCCGUCUUUUUUUCUGUAAAUAAAUCUCUUGCUUCUGUUCACCAGUACGGCAGCUGAAUAGUUAUAUUUGUUAUUGUAUGCUUAAUCCGCCCUCGCUCAUAGCUGGUUUUGCAGCUCAGAUCUAUUGUCACAAACUUAAAUUGUUAUGUUGUGUUGUAGUAUGGUAUGGAAGUGUUUUAUGCUUAGUAUAAAACCCCCUUUCAAGUCUGUUUUUGUUAUUUUAGUAUGUUUUUCUUUGAUUUGUCCUCAUUUGAUUUUGUGAUGAUUAAUUUUCAAACAAGUACUUCAAUAUGUCCAAGGGAAAAACAAAGACAUUACGAUCUUUGUUGAUAAUUUGUCACUGAUUAAUAUUGUUUGAAUUAUUUUAAUGAUGACAAAAAUGUAGUUGAAAUUUGACUUCCUGCUCUUCAUAAAACUACUGGCAUGGAUAAGAUGGAGAGAAGAUGGUGUUUAUAAUGGCAUUAUUAAGUAUUUGAGUAGUAGUUUCAGACUGAAGUAGUUCUGAUAUUUACUAUGAUUGAUACUGUAUUGAUCCAUAUUUCUUUUAUCCAUAAUAUUGCCUUCUGUCUGUGACCUGACAUACCUACUAUGAAACAUCAAUGGAGAGGCAUCUUCAGUUUGAACUGACAGGAAACAAGAUUAUUUAAUUUGCAUAUGUACUGUACCGUUCUGAAAUCUGAAGUGAUAUGAGCAGAUGAUGGCUGGGUCGACUCAGCAUGUGUUGAAAGGAAGUCCAUCUUGUCUGUUUAGUCAAACUUCAUGGAUUAGGUCAUGCAUGAUUUCUGAUGGUGGAUAUUCAUUCAUUCAUGGUUUGUUGAGAUGAACAUAUCCAUCCAUUUUUUUUAAAGUCCUCCCUGUGAUACUUAACUGAAUAAAGUGAAUCCCAGCUGA